AUGACACAAAUUUUGACAGAAAAUGGUGCAAAUAUUCAUGCCCCAGUAUGGUAUUUUGGGAGUGCACUCCAGGCAGCAGCAUAUAAUAGCAGUCUAGAGAUUGUCAAGUUUCUUGUGAAGAAUGGUGCAAAUGUUAAUACACAGGGAGGUGAAUAUGGAAACCCACUCCAGGCAGCAGCAUAUAGAGAACACCUCAGUAUCCUCAGAUAUCUUUUGGAAAAUGGUGCAGAUGUCAAUGCACAAGGAGGGAGAUAUGGAAAUGCAUUAUAUGCAGCUGUUUACAUGAGAAAUUUGGGUUUAACACAAUGUCUCCUGGAGAAUGGUGCCAACAUCAAUGCAGAAGGUGGAAAAUUUGGAAAUGCACUUGAGGUAGCAGCAUUCCAGGGAAGUUUAGAUAUAGUCAAGCUCCUAGUGGAGAAAGGUGCAGAUGUCAAUGGCCAGGGAGGUAAAUAUGGGAAUGCACUUCAGACAGCAGCAUAUGGGGGGAAUCUUGAAAUAGUUGAGUUUCUUGUGGAACAAGAUGCAGAUGUCAAUGCAUGGGGAGGGGAAUAUGGGAAUGCCCUGCAAGCUGCAGCAUAUUGGGGAAGACUAGAUAUUGUGAAAUAUUUAGUUGAGCAUGGCGCUGAUGUUAAAGCACAAGGAAAAUUUAGGACUGCAUUGAAAGCAGCAGAAGCUGGGAAGGAGACAGAUGCUGUUGUGUAUUUGAGAGCACACCCUGCUAAUGCAUCAUAG